UUGUUACGAACUUACGAUACAGGAGUGGUGUUACCGAUUCCAGUGAAGGUAUUUUUAGUGCAGAAUGAUCUCGUGUAGAUUGGCGUGAUGAGUGAUGAGAGGCAUAAGCUGAGUGUGAAAAGGUUCUUGCUCGCCCGCAAGAUUCACUUGUGGAAACCUCCGUAUUCGGUGGACGGCGUUGUGCAGGACGAUGUCGUGGAUGAGUUGUCAGGAAUGGUAGCUGCUGAAGUGGGAUUGACCAAGGCCGAUGCUUUCAGGAUUUGCAAGGAGCUUCAAGCACUCGCUGCGAAAAAUCUGAAAGAAAAGGAAGAAUUUUUGCAACACGGAAUUGCCACACUUCAGCUGCGCCUCGCGGAAGAUCUGUCGUCCGCGUUGCAAGUGACUGACAAACUAAGUGUCAAAGUUCGACUGGACGAGGAUGGGAAGGAUUUGGUAUCCAAAAUAGCGGCGGUGAUCAAAAUUGAUCAACACAAGAUAAAAUGCAUUGUGAAAGGCCGUGUGAUAAAAUCAGAAUCAAGCCUAGCAUCGCAAAAUGUAGCGCAUGGGGACACGGUGCUGAUCGUUGUUUCAAAAAGGCAAGAUUUGGCAGAGCAGGAAGCUGUGCUGCGGAGUAUCCAGCAAAUCAAGACCGAUGCGCAUCUGUUGGCUGAUGCAGGAAACUCUGACGACAAGUUUUUGCAAAUCAGGGAUCAAACAGGUUCUCCUGUGAAAAUCCCGGAACACAGUCGUCUAGCUUUAAUGACAGCCUUGGCGCUAUAUGACCGAGGAAGGACGGAACUCAAGUUUGGGCAUUUUUCAAAAGCGUUGAUUUUCUUUCUGGAGUCGGAUUCUGAGUUCAAGAAAUGUUCGACCGAGUUCGUCGACUUGGUGGACAACUAUGCCCUUCUGAACUUGGACAUCGUUUGGUGUUAUUUAUGCCUGGGAAGUUUGACCGCUUUGCCGGACGCUGCGAUUCGAUUGGAAACGGGCGAGAAAACUCUGAAGAAGUCAUAUGGGCCAAAUUUGGCACGAGCUUCUAGUUUGAAGACCAACACUGGUGCUGAGAAAGCGAAUAUGCUUCGUUUGCGGCUGAUGCAAGGAAUCUUGGAGUACCAUCGUGGCAACAUUGCCUUGUCCCGAACAUUGCUUCGGAAGGUGAAAGAAGAUUUGACGUUGUUGAAGGUGUCCGACGAGAAUGUUUCGCGUUUGGUUGACCUCGGCUAUUCCGCGUUCGAAGCCCGUGUGGCCCUCAGGGAAUGUCUGAACAACGUCUCAUCAGCAGUGGAGCACAUUGAGACGAAACGGAAGAAGAAGCGGGAAAUGAUGGAACAGCGGGAAAAGGCCAAAAAACGCAGAGCUCAGGAACGUUUGUUGGGUUGCAUGCCGGGAUCAGAAGUGCCCUUGAGCGUGGAAGCGUUCGACAUUCUUCGCAGUAUGGGCUACACUGCCCAACAAUCUCGUUUAGGGCUCUUGUUGGGGAACAACAGUGUUGCCCGAGCCCUGGAGCUUUUUGCAGAAACUGUUCCCAGGAAUGAGGAAGUUCGUUGGGUUUCCCAAGACCUGGGAUUCAUGCCCAUGGAAAUUCAUCACGCUUUGGACGAGAAUGGGAAUGACAUCCGAACAGCCGUUAAUGUUCUGCUGGAGGGUUUCUACGCUUCCGCUGCCAGAGAAAUAUCUGGUAGCAGCAGCAGCAGCGUAAUUCCUGCUGCCAGAGAAAUUACAGCUAGCAGAAGCCUUACUGAAGGAAGUACCACGACGGGAAGUGAUUCUUCGUCAAUCGAAUCUGUGAAUGAAUCUGAGAUAUCUGAAGAGACUUGGGGCGCGCGUGACCGUCUAGCGGAAAUUAUUCCAGGCAGCCAAGAAGACUAUCUGGAUUUUUCUCUCGAGCUUGAAGAGAAAUUCCUGAAUGACUAUCUGCAUCGCUUGACAGAAUAAAUGUGACUGACAACGC